AUGGGUAGAGACGACAUUGAUAUCAAUGCACUCCUGAAUAGACUUGAAUUGGUCGAAAAGGAGGUGGCAAAGAUUCCACAGCUGCAAAGAACAAUAGAUAAACAACAAAUCAUCAUCAACAAGUUGGCCAAAUUAAACAAUGUAGAUAUAGAUCUAUUAGAAAAGGAUGAUAUUAAAUCUCCAUCAUCGUCAUCUGUAACAAUACCUAUAAUAACAACCACCAAUUCACCAGUAGUUGCUGCCACUGUUGUAGAUUCAUCUACACCUCCUGCUACUCCCCCCAACAUUGUACAUGUAGAAUUAAAUAAUAAUAAUAAUAAUAAUAUUAAUAAUAGUUUGCCAUCAUCAACCAAUUCAACACCAAAUCUAAGUUCAUCAUAUGGUAUAUCUUCACCUAAUCUACCACCAUUGUCACCCUCAUUGUCUAGAUCAAACUCUAUGAAUGAUAAAGAGUUGACGGGCGUUGCGAGCAAUAUACCAAUCCCACCUCCCCUACCACCUCCAGAGAAAUUAAAGAAAUUCCAACCGACUGCACAAUGGCGUAAACCAUUUAUGGCAUUGAUGGGUGGAUCAAGAUUAAAACGUGAGGGAUCAAAGGAUUCAAUGGAAGUAUAUCUACCACCCAUGUCCCCAAAAUUACGUUCUUCAAGCAAUGCCGAUCAACAACAACAAGAACAAGAGAAUGCUGCUGCAGCGGCGGUGCAAUUGGCAACAUCACCAGAUGUAACACAAUCUUUCAUACUCAAGCAUGAAAUGCCACCAUUGCCAAGCGGAUCGCAAUGGGCUGUCGUGUGGGAAUACGAUGCAUCUGCGGAAGAGUGGACAAGGGGUAUGAUUGCCAUUCAAUUGGAAUCACGUCCUUUUGCAAGCGGUGCUUUGCGUAGUGCCUACAAACUUACGACCAAGAUGAACCCAACUCUCUACACACAGGCUUUCUACAGAGACCAACACAGCCAAUACGAGGAAGGCAAGAAACUCAACCUGCGCAAGUUGCCUCGUCUAUUUGGUCCAGUCGACAGUACCUAUGUCGCCAAGUUAUCAAAGACGACCGUCUCGUUUGAACGUUACUUUGAAGAUGUCAAGAUGCAGAUGAUGUGUAGAGAGUAUGGUAUACGGUACACGGCAAACUCGCCACCCAAACCCGUCGACUUUUUGUCUGCAUGGGUUAUCGAGGUACAAGCAGACAAGGGAGACCACAAACUCUAUGGUUUGGAGAUGUAUAUAGAUGGAGAGUUUAAGAAAUUAAAUAGUAAUUUUGGAAGUGUAUUUGGUGACAGAAAUACACCACAAUCAUUUUCACAUUUCUCGUACGAGGCUAGUGCCCACGAGUUGAUUAUUGUCGAUAUCCAAGGUGUGGACGAUCACUACACCGACCCUCAAAUACAUACCAAGGAUGGUGAGGGAUUCGGUGCUGGCAACCUAGGUGAAAAGGGUAUGAAAAAGUUUAUAGAGUCUCACAAGUGUAAUCCUAUCUGCAUUCAACUGGAAUUACCACCCAUUGGCAUUGACUUGAACGAUUCAAGAAACAUGACACGUGUCAUUCGUGGAACCAUGAUGUUACCAGACCUCAAACCAGACCUCGACCCCAAGUUGGAUAUUACUUUAUCCAACAUUCCCCAAAACCCAGCACAGAGCGAGUUGUCUUGCGUAUCUACACUCACCGGUCACUCUGAUCGUAUCACAUCAAUUGUGAUUGACACUGACAAACGAUUUGUCUAUUCAGGUAGCGGUGAUGGCACACUUAAAGUAUGGAGUUUGGACAGUCUACAGUUGAUAGAGACUAUCCGCGCCCAUCGAAAAUCAGUCACGGGUAUCUGCUUCAAUGACUCUCUCCUCUUUACGUCAUCGGCCGACCAAACCAUUAAAAUCUGGGAUCGUUCAACAUACCAGUCUGUCGGGUCACCAUUAGACGGUCACACUGGGGAGAUUAAUGGGGUCUGUAUCGAUGGAGCUCGUAACCAUCUCUUUAGUUGUAGUUUUGACAAGUCAAUUCGUGUUUGGGAGUUGGUUGAUGGUGGUCGUGGAGGUGCUAGCUGUAUCAAGGUUAUGACUGCUCACAGCAAGAGUGUAAAAUCUAUAUGCAUCUCUGGCAAAUAUCUAUUUAGUGCAUCGAAUGAUCAGUCUAUUAAAGUUUGGGAUUUAGAGAUGUUGGUUUGUAUCUAUGGUAUUGGUGAUGCUCAUGAUAGUUGGGUCACCGCAUUGGGCAUCCACAAUGAAUCUGGUAUUCUAUUUAGUGGGUGCAGAGAUGGUGGUCUCAAGGCUUGGAACUUAAACACCUUUAUGCCAUCGUCCGAACACGACGACAACACAGACGCCAUUGUCGAUGUAUUGGUCACCAAAAACUACAUCUUUACAGCAUCUGAAGAUUCAUCGGUCAAAAUCUAUCUGCUUCCUGCCGAGGAAAAUGAUAAACUCAAAAAUGUUCUAACUCUAAAGGCUCACAGAGGUUCUAUCUAUUCAAUAGCAUCAGAUGGAUCACGUAUAUUUACAGGUGCAAGUGACAAUUCUAUUAAAGUUUGGACUUGGAAAGAUAAAUAA